AUGAUUGCUACUAGCAAGGAAGAUGGAAAAUGGAGUGAUAGGAAGAUGGAAGGAGAUGGUGGUUUGAGGACAUUGGAGUGCCUAAGAGGAAGACUGCUUGCAGAGAGACAAGCUUCAAGGGUUGCAAAAGAGGAUGCAGAACUCAUGGGAAAGAAGUUGAUGGAGCUAAAGAAUCAGCUCAAUGAAGAGAUCAAAUUGAAGGACAGAGCUGAAAAAAGCUUAGAUUUUUGA